UAUCAUUCGAUUUAGUCUAGAUCCGCGAGGCUUUUUGUUGCGACACCUCGAUUUUUAUUAUUUUGCACGUGACUUUAGUUUUAGAGAAAAGCGUGUGAAAUGUGUAAAAUCUUACAGUUGAUGAUGGUAUAUUGAUAUACAUCUAUAGGAGCAAACAUGAGACAGACACAAGCUAAAGCUGUAGCUGGAAUGACCAGUGCGGUCCUCAAAAAGACGAAAAUGUCGAAAACCUCCGGCGAAAAGUCGGGAGAAAAAACCGAAAAGGACGACGAGAAAAGCGUAGAAUCGAUGACGUGGAAGGAAAGAUGGGAUUUUCUAAAGGGCAACAUCACAGUCGAACCGAUGCUGGCCUGUUACAUUAUACCGAGCGUUUUCGCCAGCUUGGCCACGCAAAAUUUAAAUUUAGAAAAAGCUUGCCGCGUUAACUUAGGAUAUUCAACUGAAGUCUGUGAUGCUCUUAGUGCUAGGAAAACUGAAAAUUAUACUUAUGAAGAACAAGAAGUCCAACAGUUGGUCGCUUCGAUGGGCGUAUGGAAAACGAUACUCCAAAGUGCUCUGCCAGCCUUCCUGAUAAUGUUCGUGGGUUCGUGGAGCGACCGCUGGGGCAAAAGGAAGCCUUGCAUGCUGCUACCGAUUUUCGGCGAACUUCUCACGUCGAUAGGCCUAAUCGUUUGCACGUAUUUCUAUUACGAACUUCCUAUGGAAGUUGCCGGAUUUAUCGAAGGACUUUUCCCAGCAAUGACUGGUGGUUGGUUCACAAUGUUCAUGGGAGUCUUCAGCUACAUCGCCGAUGUCACGACGGUAGAUACGAGAACAUUACGAAUUGGAAUCGUAAACGUCUUCUGCUCUCUGGGGAUCCCUAUAGGCUUGGCCCUAAGCGGAGUCCUAUACAAAAAAAUUGGUUUUUAUGGCGUCUUUUCGAUAUCUUCCUGCAUGUACGUGAUGGCACUCUAUUACGGUUACACGCAAAUCAAGGAGCCCAAGAAAAUCGACAAGCCCGUUUUGAAAAGCGUUCCUUGCGCCUUCUUCAGGGACUUUUUCGACGUCAGGCAUUUGGUGGACACUUUCAAAGUGGCCUUCAAAGCCGGACCGAACAAUCGGAAAAUGAAGGUUAUGCUUCUUAUGUUGGUUGUUAUGGUUGUAAUUGGACCCAUGCAUGGUGAAAUGAAUGUGAACUACCUCUUCACCAGAUAUCGUUUUAAUUGGGAUGAAGUGGACUAUAGUAUGUUUUCGACUUACGGAAUGAUCACCAAUUUAAUAGGAACAUCUGUAUCUGUAGGAGUUUUCAGUCACCAUUUGAAAAUAGAUGACGGUAUAAUUGGGAUUUACUCUUCAAUGAGUAAGAUUUUGUCCAGUUUUGUUUAUGGAUUCGCCACAACGUCUUUAGUAUUUUAUUUGGGCGCAAUCGUGGAAAUUCUAAACGGCACCUCGUUUAUCGCAAUGAGAUCUAUAGCUUCAAAACUGGUACCAUCAGACGAAUUAGGAAAACUGAAUUCACUUUUCGGAGCCUGCGAAGCCCUGAUGCCUCUAAUUUACGGCCCCAUGUACAGUGCCACUUACGCAGCCACAAUAAACACAAUGCCAGGAGCUUUUUUCAUUCUCGGCGGCGUUCUAACUAUUCCUGCUGUGAUAAUUUUUGGAUGGUUUUAUUGUCAACAUAAAAAAGACGCAAAAUUGGCCAGCUUGGACAAAGAAAACGGUAUUCCAGUAGUGAAUAAUACAAUUUCGGAAAUUGCCGUUUUCACUAUAGCGCCCAAAGAAGUUCAAAUUGGUUCGCCCGUUUUGAACGGCUUCAGAAAAGACGCUGUUCAAAAUGGAAUUGUUAAUAAAUCUUUCACGGACGACUCAGGAACAAUAAUCAAUGACAAUAAUAAGAAGUAUUAGUUCAAACGAUAAUUUUAUUUUUCCGGCAACAGUUUUAAUAAUUUACUUAAUUUUGUAUUUUAAGUUUUAUGUAUAAGUUGUUUUAUAAAUUUAAAUCAAGGCAAAUGGAUUUAGUAGGUAGUAAUCCAUUUAAAAAUUGUUUAUUCCGCUUUUAUAUUGACGCCCGUGGUGUUCUUUGUCUGUUGUGAUAAUAGAAUAGGCUUAAAAUUGUACAUAGAAUCAUUAUAAUUGUUAAGUAAUUAUGCAACAAUAAUUAAAAAUUG